GUCUACACAGGGGUUUAUGGCACGGAGGAUAACACCAAGCCUUAAGUUUUCUAGAUGCCCAAAAGACGACAUAUUCUAUCAUCAGCCUACCAAACCUCUAUGAGUAACAGAAGAUUUGGUACUGGAUAAUUAUACGUCUGUUGUAACAUUAAUAUAAGGCCCCCUUCAAAAAGAUACCAGGUAUAACGUUUGUAGGAUAUACAAACUUCUCAGUAUUAGCCUAGUGACGGGCAGUCACACACGCCGCUGUUAAAGCCCCGCGAGGAGGUCAAUUGCCGGAGUGCCAGUCGCGGAGGAGCACCGCACGGACAUUGCCUGGAGAGAAAGUGAUACGUACAAGAUGCUCAGGUUGAUCUCUACAGGCGUAUUGGUUCUUACCGCGCUCUGCUAUGCCACGGGGCCCGGACUUGACUACAGCGCCAUCUCCGCCUAUCUGCCAGUGGCGCAGCAAAGAGCGGUGACCUACGUUCAGAGACUGAUCGAAAGCGAAAGAAAAUUCGCAAAGGAGUCCAGAGGGGGAAGAAGAGGAGAUCCGUUCGCAAUGGUAGCAAACAUAAAAGGUGGUGAUCUAAAGACAAAAAUCUUGGACACAUCGGCAAAGCUUCAGCAUCAGGUGUACAGGGAGCUUAUCAGCAAGUUCAACAUCCCUAGAGGAACAGUUCUAAAAGGCCUUUCUACAUCAUUUACUCCAACGUUUGAUGGGAUAGGAAUUUCACCUAACGUGUGCCCAACGGAGACUUAUAGCUGUGACCCUUACGCCAAGUACCGCACUAUUAACGGGUCAUGUAAUAAUCUCCGUAACCCAGGAUGGGGGCAGUCAUUUAAGCCAAUGAGGAGGCUGUUACCUGCUAACUAUGGGGACGGUGUCAGCGCUUUGCGAAAUGCAGAGGACGGUAGGCCACUGCCCAGUGCCCGAGUGGUCAGUACGCUGCUCCAUGAAGACUCCAGUAAUCCCAGCGCGCUGGUGACCAUGUCGACAAUGACCUUCGGACAGUUUCUUGACCACGACAUGGACCAAAUACCGGUGGCCAAAAUCAUCAAAGCAGAUGAUGACGGCAACGCUGAGGUAAUUGACGUAGAAUGCGGCACUGACGGAUGUGACAAAGGCGCUGAUGAACUAGAUGCAUGCUCCCCCGUGUUCGUCCACAAAGGUGACCCAGACAAUGUGGAUAAGCCAUGCUUCAAGUUUGUCCGCAGUUCCGCUGCUCCCAGAGACAACUGCGAAUUUGGCCCCCAAGAACAGUUGAACGUCAUUACAGCAUAUCUGGAUCUUUCCCUUGUUUAUGGAAAUACUGACGAAGAUGCCGCCAAGUUAAGAGACGACAAAGACCCAGCGAGAGGAAAAAUGAAAAUGAAACAGCAUCCUCUUACUCGCGGAUUAAAACCAUUGCUGCCACAGGCCGCAGUCAAGGCUUGCCGGGAUACGGACGACGUCAUCAAAUGCUUUAUGGCGGGCGAUAAACGUCUUAAUGAACACAUUGGGCUGACAGCUUUUCAUACGCUGUUCACGAGAGAGCAUAACCGUCUUGAGGAGGAACUCCACAAACUAAACCCCCACUGGGGAGGAGAAACUCUUUAUCAAGAGGCAAGAAGGAUCAACAUCGCUCAAUGGCAAUAUAUUGUGUACAAGGAAUACCUACCAGUUGUCAUCGGCCCAAUAAUGAUGGAUCGGUACCGCCUAAACCCCCUUAAAGACGGUUAUUAUACAGGAUACAAAGAAAAUGUGAAUGCUGGCAUCAGCAACGUUUUUGCAACAUCUGCUUUUCGUUUUGGCCACAGCACCAUCCCGACCAAACAUAGGCGCACAGAUGUGUAUCAUAACAUCAUAAAAGAUCACGAAUUCUCAUCGGUAUUCCGUCGUCCUGCCUUGGUGUACAAGUACGAAGAAGGAGGCAUUGACUCCAUUGUUUCUGGCAUGCUAGAUCAAGAAUGUGAGAACACAGAUCGCUUUAUGACCAAACAAGUCACCCUUCACAUGUUUGCCGAGAACCCUCCACACGGCAUUGGAACAGAUCUGGCUAUGUUAAACAAUCAGCGUGGAAGAGAUCACGGCAUUCCAGGAUACAAAGAAAAUGUGAAUGCUGGCAUCAGCAACGUUUUUGCAACAUCUGCUUUUCGUUUUGGCCACAGCACCAUCCCGACCAAACAUAGGCGCACAGAUGUGUAUCAUAACAUCAUAAAAGAUCACGAAUUCUCAUCGGUAUUCCGUCGUCCUGCCUUGGUGUACAAGUACGAAGAAGGAGGCAUUGACUCCAUUGUUUCUGGCAUGCUAGAUCAAGAAUGUGAGAACACAGAUCGCUUUAUGACCAAACAAGUCACCCUUCACAUGUUUGCCGAGAACCCUCCACACGGCAUUGGAACAGAUUUGGCUAUGUUAAACAAUCAGCGUGGAAGAGAUCACGGCAUUCCAGGCUAUAAUCUUUGGAGAGAGCUUUGCGGGGGAAACAGAGCAAAAACAUUUGAGGACUUUAUGAGCGGACCAAGGGAAUUUAGAAUAAAUUAUGAAUCAGUCGAAAAACUAAAGAUGUUGUACAGGCAUCCAGACGAUGUUGAUUCCUGGGCCGGGGGUCUGGUAGAGGAAAACCUUCCAGGAGCUACAGUGGGACCUACAUUUGCCUGCAUUAUUGCAGAGCAAUUCAUUCGCAGCAGAGAUGGCGACCGUUUCUGGUACGAGAACAAGCAAGCCGGAUUCACACUGAAGCAACUGCAGUCUAUCAAAAAGACGUCCUUUUCACGUAUCAUCACCGACAAUUGCGACAAAGUCUUGACCAUCCAGCCAAAAGCU